AUGACUCUUCUGCACAGGGCCCAGCACGGCUUGGAAAAGUUACAAGGUGAAAACAGCUGCUCUAAAGAUGCACUGGGUGUUAAUCAAGCCACCUCUCGAUUAGCAGCAAUGCUUACAUCAAGGACCUUCAUUUGCUCCCAAGUCUGUAGGUCAGAGGAGGUGGAGAUCUUAAGACUGACCCAGUCAAAGAGGAACAUUGAUAGUUUGAACAGAGACCUUGAACGAGAUCUGCAAAGAAUAGAUGAAGCAAAUCAGGAACUUCUUCUCAAAAUCCACCAGAAAGAAGAUGAAAUACAGAGGCUGGAAAGUGAGAUCACUCAGCCCCAAGACCUGACAGAUGAUGAGGAGUGGGAGAAGCAGAAUAGUACCAGCAUGGAAAGGGAAAGAACGUUGCAAGACCUGGAAGAAGAAAUAGCCAGACUUGAAAGGAAAAAUGAGACUCUGGUCCACGAUACAACAGAACUUCAGAAAAAGCAUACAAGGAAAUUGCAAAAGGCAACCAAGUGUGAGCAAGGCCAUCUAAAGGGAGCACUGGAAGAGUUGAAGGUUAAGUUACAACAGCUCGAAGCUUCCUGUGCUGACCAAGAGAAGGAACUGGCUAAGGUAAUGGAAGACUACGCAUUAGUGGCACAGCUCUGCAAAGAUCAAGUCUUCUGCAUUAAGAAGUACCAGGAAACUUCAAAGAACAUUGAAGAAGAGGUAGAGACACGGCUCCUUGAGAAAGAAGUAUCAAAAGUCUUGAGCAUGAACUCGGCAAGAAAAGAACCUAACAGCCAAAAUAAUAAGGACAAGUCUCUCCAAAAGAAGGGAAUAUGGCUCUGUAAAAGGCAAGUAAAUAUCUUUGAGCAGACUUCCGGCAAACUGGGAGAUCUACUAGCCAUCCUGAAGACAACAAGGAGAACCUUGUAUACACACUCACACACACACACACACACACACACAGAGUCAACAAACUAUGUUCCUGGAACAACUAGUAGAAUUUUUCCUAGAACUCCUAGGACUGCCUUCACCUAUACUUUUAACACCCGUGCCAAGCAUGGAAUCGCCCAUGUGGACUCCCCAGGACUGUCUGCCUUAAUGAGAGUUGAUUUUCCCUGGGAAUGUCACCCAGAACCUCCUUAUGAAUAUAGUAUCCAGCUUCAAGAUUUGCAGGAAGGAGGAAGGAGGGUCAGACAUAACCUGGAAAUUUUAAAGAAAAGCAAGAGGUGGGGAAUAUGCCAUUUCAGAUAUCUCUUUUUCAUCACCCUAUUUUUCAUCACACUGCUGGGCUACUUGUUUUUCCACAUAAGCUUUAUAAAUCCAGAUCUCCUAAUCGACAUACUACCCAAGAUACUGAACAGGAGCACCUUGUGGAGGCUAAGGAGCUUCGUCUCUGCAUCUCUCACACUUCGGACUGAGGACUUGUUGCCCCACUAAUCUCCAAAAAACAUCCUUGGAAAAAGAAGGCAAGUGGUACCUGACUGUGUACACUGGGAGAUGGUGGAAUUUGUAGAGGGAAGAUGUUUUCUCUAGUUUUUCCCUUGAGGUUUGCCUACUGAUUACCUUUCCUCCCAUGUUGUCUUUCCAAGAUCGACCUUGCCCAGUAAACAGCUCAGUCAAUAGAUUUCAGUGGCUAUAGAAUAAGCUAAAUAGUAUGAAGUAGUAAACAAAGCAGACCAUUUUCAGAAUAAUGUCAUAGAUGCUAAGCAA